GGAAUGUAACAGGCGGGUAUUCAGAAUACAAAGCUAACGUUACACUCAACCUGACUUUUCUCUCUCUUGCUGCUGUAGAAUAACGAUCAGCCAGCUUCACCGCCGAGUUCUUCCGCUUUUGGUGUUUGAGUCUGCUCGCUCCCUUUCCUCUCCGAUCCACCACCAAGAGAGAAAACACCACGACGAAAAGGACACGCAUUGAGGAGAGCUAGGAACAAACGCUUUACAUAUACAUAUCCUCCUCUUCAGCUCUUCUUUUUUUUCCUGGGUUUUCCAUUGGUCGCACAUACCUGUAGAGCGAACGUGUCGGUUCUUAAAAGAUAAACAUCAGGUGGUGCGUUUUCCCUUCUUUUUUUUUCUUUAAAUAAAACAGCGCAUAUCAACGUAAACGUUGCUUUCGCUCUCGUUUCUCCUCUCCGUUUCGAAAACUUUUAACUACACUAAAUAGCUUUUUUCUCUUUCUCUGUAUAUAGACAAGAAGGUAAGGUUGAAGAGGAAACGAAGAAUACAAUCCUUGUAGUUGGCGAAGACUUCUCUUCCUUUCGUUCGUUCCGUUUUUCACACGUUUUCUUUUUUUUUCUCGUUGUUGAGCGCUGAGAGAGAAGCAUGUCUGGUUUUGCCGCCAUCAGAGCUUUGGACGGACCUGCGGUUUGCCAACGUCGGCCUGUUCUGUGUUCCAAUACCGCCUUGUACCCCUCCAAAUUCCUCAAGACGGACUCUUUCGACCUGACCACCGAGGCGCAGCACCAGCCCGGGGUGUUGGGAGAGCGGAUGCCGUCGGAGACGUACGCGGCGCGCACGCCCCUGCACCACACCUCUUUUCCCACCCGCCUCCUCCCAUCACACUUGACGAGCUGCAUCUUUGGCAGCAGCUUUUCGCCGUCGUUGACGGACCGGCGCCGACAGUGGGUGCGAGACUUCGGCGCUGUGAGUGAUCAGGGCAUCCGAUCGACCAUGGAGGACGAGCACAUUGCGUUCGUAAAGCCCGACGUCGCCUUCUUUGGCGUCUAUGACGGACACGGCGGCCGCCAGUGUGCCGUGUACGUGCGGGAUCACCUGCACGACGCGGUUCUGCAGCACGCCGAUCUCAAAGCGAAGCCAGCGAGGGCCAUAUCUGACGCUUUUGCGCAGGUCGAACGCGACUUUCUGACCCUCAGCGACGACGCACGGAGUUCGGCCGGGUGCGUGUGCGCGGCGGCGGUCAUUCAAGGCGACUUGCUCACCGUCGGCAACGUGGGUGACUGCGAAGUUGUGCUUGCACGUGCCGGAAAGCCGGUGCCGUUGACGGUGAAGCAUAAUCCUAGCUGCAACGCUGCCGAAGCGACGCGGGUGACGGAAGCCGGCGGGUGCAUCUUUAACAACCGGGUCGGCCACCCCUCUCUCAAUCCGCGCUUGUGCAGCUUGGCGGUGUCGCGUGCCAUCGGCGACGCGUGCUUUAAACUAGACACGUACACCCUCAGCAAGCCAUCCGGCCUCAUCGCGGACGCCGAUACGUGCGAGGUGCACCUGACGCCAGAGGAUGCCUUUUUGAUCAUCGCAUGCGACGGACUGUGGGACACGAUGACGUAUGAGGACGCCGUGCAGUUGUGCGCGCAGCACAUGGAAAGUGGCGCAGAUGCCAACACUGUCGCUGAAAAGCUCGUCUGCGAGGCGCUGAUGCGAGGUUCACGCGACAACAUAACUGUCGUGUUUGUCUCUCUUGGGCCAGAGGCUGGGAAGUCGAAAAAGUGA